GAGACGGCAUAGCUAAACAUGGCGUCGGACGGAAUGAUUUUAACAAACCACGACCACCAAAUUCGAGUCGGAAUUCUUACGGUGAGUGACAGCUGCUUCAGGAACCUUGCUGAAGAUCGCAGCGGAAUCAACCUCAAAGACCUUGUCCACGAUCCCUCCCUGCUUGGAGGUAUAAUCUCUGCAUACAAAAUCGUCCCCGAUGAAAUAGAUGAGAUCAAGGAAACGCUGGUGGACUGGUGCGAUGAGAAGGAGCUGAACCUGAUCCUGACCACCGGAGGGACCGGCUUCGCACCGCGCGACGUCACCCCAGAGGCUACCAGAGAGGUCAUAGAGAGGGAGGCUCCCGGUAUGGCCCUGGCUAUGCUUAUGGGAUCUCUCAACGUCACGCCGCUUGGUAUGCUGUCCCGGCCAGUGUGUGGCAUCAGAGGCAAAACCCUCAUCAUCAACCUGCCGGGGAGCAAGAAAGGAUCACAGGAGUGCUUCCAGUUCAUCCUGCCGGCGCUGCCGCACGCCAUCGACCUGCUGCGGGACGCCAUAGUGCGUGUGAAGGAGGUGCACGAUGCGCUGGAGGACCUGCCCUCGCCCCCGCCGCCCCUCUCGCCGCUGCCCGCGCCGGGCCCCGGCUCGCCCCGCAAGCAGACGGAGGACAAGGGCGUGCAGUGCGAGGAGGAGGACGAGGAGAAGAAGGACAGCGGCGUGGCCUCCACCGAGGACAGCGCCUCCUCGCACAUCACCGCCGCCGCCAUCGCCGCCAAGAGCAUGAAGUCGUCCUACCCCAGUCACACCGGUUUCAUGGCCAAGGGGGGGCGGCACGUGCCUGGUCUGCUCCCCCCUCCCCCCAAACAUUUCUCCUGCGCCUGUGGUGACCAGCCGAUCCCUGACUCCAUCAUCUCGCGAGGUGUGCAGGUGUUGCCCCGGGAUACGGCCUCCCUCAGCACCACGCCGUCCGAGUCUCCGCGCGCCCAGCCCUCUCGCUUCUCCACUGCCUCCUGCCCCACCCCCAAGGCACGGCUCCCCUCCAGCUCAUCCACCUGUAGUAUGUCUGAGGUGCAGUCUCGCUGUAGCAGCAAAGAGAACAUCUUGCGAUCCAGCCACAGCGCGGUGGACAUCACCAAGGUGGCGCGUCGUCACCGCAUGUCCCCGUUCCCGCUGACCUCCAUGGACAAGGCCUUCAUCACUGUGUUGGAGAUGACCCCCGUCCUGGGCACAGAGAUCAUCAACUACAGAGAUGGCAUGGGUCGGGUCCUGGCCCAGGACGUGUACGCCAAAGACAACCUGCCCCCGUUCCCUGCCUCCGUCAAGGAUGGCUACGCCGUCAGAGCUGCCGACGGGCCUGGGGACCGCUUCAUCAUUGGGGAGUCCCAAGCAGGAGAGCAGCCCACACACACAGUGAUGCCGGGCCAGGUGAUGCGUGUGACGACAGGGGCUCCCAUCCCCUGCGGUGCCGACGCUGUGGUGCAGGUGGAGGACACAGAGCUACUCCGGGAAUCAGAGGACGGAACAGAAGAACUAGAGGUGCGAAUUCUGGUGCAGGCUCGACCCGGACAAGAUAUCAGGCCCAUCGGCCACGACAUCAAGCGUGGGGAGUGCGUGCUGGCCAAGGGCACCCACAUGGGCCCCUCGGAGAUCGGCCUGCUGGCCACCGUGGGCGUCACCGAGGUGGAGGUGCAGAAGUUCCCCGUGGUGGCCGUCAUGUCCACCGGCAACGAGCUGUUGAACCCAGAGGAUGACCUGCACCCUGGUAAGAUCCGGGACAGCAACCGCUCCACCCUGCUGGCCACCAUCCAGGAGCACGGGUACCCCACCAUCAACCUGGGCAUCGUCGGAGACAAUCCAGAUGAUCUGCUCAACGCUCUGAACGAGGGCAUCAGCCGCGCAGACGUGAUCAUCACCUCAGGUGGCGUGUCCAUGGGGGAGAAGGUGAGGGACUACCUAAAGCAGGUCCUGGACAUCGACCUGCACGCUCAAAUUCACUUUGGACGAGUGUUCAUGAAACCCGGUCUUCCUACCACAUUUGCCACUCUUGACAUCAAUGGACACCGAAAACUGAUAUUUGCCCUCCCAGGCAAUCCGGUGUCAGCUGUAGUCACCUGCAAUCUCUUUGUCAUCCCCGCUCUGAGGAAGAUGCAAGGGAUCCUGGAUCCACGGCCAACCAUCAUCAAAGCUCGGUUAUCAUGUGAUGUGAAGUUGGAUCCACGGCCCGAGUACCACCGCUGCAUACUAACAUGGCAUCAUCAGGAGCCAUUGCCAUGGGCACAGAGCACAGGGAACCAGAUGAGCAGUCGACUCAUGAGCAUGCGCAGUGCCAACGGCCUGCUGAUGCUGCCGCCCAAGACCGAGCAAUACGUGGAGCUGCACAAGGGGGAGGUGGUGGACGUCAUGGUUAUCGGACGACUAUGAUGGUGACGUCCCCACCCCAACGGACAGCGAGACGGACGGAGAGAGACAGACACAGAGAGAAAGAGAAAGAAAGAGACAUGGAUAAGAAAAGGAGGAGGAGGAGGAGGAAGUGGUGCAUGUCCACAUAUCAUUACUAUUCUGUAAUAUGCAAAUGGCACAGCAAGUUUGUACUGAUUUGACCAACCCGACGUUGAUUGGAAGGGGUAAUCAACAACUCACUGACUGCUGAAAACAAAAAGUGGUUUACUGUACUGGCAAUGUUACUUGGAAAAAGAAAUCCUUAUUAUUUCAAAACGAAAGAAAUCGAAAAAAAAUAUUAUACCUUUUAAAAUAAGACUAUAUAUAAUAUAUAAGAUUUAUUCUGUAAUAUAUUAUUAUGAUUAUUAUUAUGAAUAUCAUCAUCACCAUCAUUCUAUUAAGCAACUCUGUUCUCGUUUCAUCGCAAAAUUGCUUUGUGUGUUCUCAACGCUAGCCCUUAUAGAUAGCUGUAGCAUUUUAGUAGAAAGCUGUAGAUUCCUGACUGGGAUUCAUUGAAAUGCUUAUUUCCGGACUUUAGAGGACGUAAGGACAAAAAGUGUU